AUGUCUCGAUCAGGAACCACUCUCUAUGUCACUGGCUUUGGCCAUGGUACCCGAGCACGCGAUCUAGCCUACGAAUUCGAACGAUAUGGUCGAUUAGUUCGCUGUGAUAUCCCGGCCCCUCGGACUCCCUCGAGCCGAUUGUUUGCCUUUGUUGAAUAUGAGAGCCGCCGGGACGCAGACGAUGCUUACCACGAAAUGCACAACAAGCGCAUUGGCCGUGACGAUCUGCUGAAGAUCGAGUGGGCGCGCACUCCGCCCUCCGCGUCGUGGCGAUUCGAUUCUGGCCGCGACCCUGCACGAGACUCUGCCCGAGACCCUGCUCGCGAUCCUGCCCGCGAACGUCGCCGUGACCGUACUCCCCCACGCCGUGGCCGCUCUCCCUCGCCUCGCCGUAGCCGUGGUGGCGACUACUCUCCCCGACGGGAUGACCGGUAUGAACGGGACUAUGAUCGUCAUGACCGUGAUACCGAUCGUCGAGACCGGGACGUUGACCGUCGAGACAGGGAUGGUGAUCGUCGUGAUCGUGACCGGGAGCGCUCUCGUGACCGCUCUCGUAGCCCUGAUGACCGAGACCGCGAUGCCAAGGAUGACCGGGAGCGACGCGAUGAUGAUCGAGAGCGUCGUGACGACGAGCGUGAAAUCGUUCCGAAUGGUGAAGACAGGAAAGUACCCCUGGACCCUGUGCCUACUGCUCAUGAUGAGCUUGAUACUGCUGAGUAG